AUGCAAGAGAUCAGUCCCACUACUGGACAUGAUCUACAUCUUGUCUGGGAUAAUGAUGAUCAUAUGUAUAUCCGAAACCUGCCAAGUUCACUAAGGCCUGUAGGCCAACCUUUGCGUUCCUCUCUAUGCCUCUCGUCGGCAAGGCUGCAACCUCUAAGUCAUGAAAAUCCAAUUGCCACUAUCAGAUGGUCUACAUUAUGCUGCCAUUAUCGGCUCUAUAUAAUACAUGAUACAGUGAUUUUGCUAUUUUUAUUGGCCCCGCAAGGAUGGGUAUACCGCGAAUUUACCUUCUUGAAGACACGGCAAGUAGCAGGAUUAGAGCUAGUGUGUCUGAAACCAGAGGAUAUUUACACUAAUUUCGGAACCGGGAACAGCCUUCAGAGGGUCAUUGGUCGCGAAGUACAGGUGCCAGCACCGUUAGCUCAGGGUCCAGGGCGAAAAGUUAUCGCAGAAGUUCACACUUGUAUAAACUAA